AUGCCCUCCGACCUGCGCUCCACCGCGUCCCGGUCCCACCCUCCCCCUCCUCCUCCUCCACCUCGCUCCCGACUGCGCCUCCCUCGCCGCCCCUCGCCGCUCAAGGUCUUCCUCACCUUGUUCGCCCUCACCCUCUACCUCCUCACCGCCCUGCGCUACUCGCUCCCGCCCUUUCGCCCCUCGACCGAGGACCGCGUCCUGCGCUCUCGCCCCGCCUUGCGCAGCGUCGAGCGGUACUCGCCGCAGCACAAGUACAGGCCGGCCUCAAGCCCGGUCGUCCAGGUCGUCGCGCCUGACGGCUCGAGGCGAGAAAAGGGGCGCUACUACUGAGCUGGGGUGCGGGCAGGCAGGUCACGACGAGAAGCACAGAUGGACACUGGACGGCGCGCAGACACUCGAGUCGACGUCGAUGCAACGACGAUGACGCUUUCGCUUUCCUU